AUGCUCAUUGACCCUGCUUUCCUGCCAUGGGCAGAAAGUAAAGGAGUCAAACUGAAAGGUGUUGAACCUCGAAUUCUUCCAGGCCGUGGUAUUGGUAUUGUCGCGACUCGCGAUAUCAAGGUGAGUAAUAGAUCUCCUCUCGAAAUUAUUCUAAUAUUUUCUAAGCCAAAUGAAACUAUUUUGAGUGUGCCUAUGAAGGCAGUUCGCACUAUUGAUACAGUGCCAAAGAACAUCACGGAAACCCUUCAAGGAGUUUCAGUUCAUGGCGUCUUGGCUGCUGAAAUUGCUCUUGACGAAAGUGAUGACUUCUCUGUAUGGAAAACAGUUCUACCAACCCGGGAAGAUCUAGAGGCUGGUGUGCCCAUGAUGUGGCCGAGUGAACUUCAAGCCCUUCUCCCCAAGAGGGCUAAGGAUAUCCUGGAUAAUCAGAAUGCCACAUUCAGACGCGAGUGCGAAAUUGUUCUAAAAGCAUUCCCCAAGUUGACCAGGGAUGAGUACUUGUACUCUUGGGUGCUCAUCAACACCAGAACCUUCUACAACAGCAUGCCCAAGAUGAAAAGCUACGCUCAUGCUGACCGACUAGUCUGCAUGCCAACUGCCGACCUGUUCAAUCAUGCUGACCAAGGAUGCAAGCUCGCCUAUUCAGCCCUAGGAUACAGUGUUCAGUCGGAUAGAGUCUAUCGCCAAGGUGAGGAAGUCUACGUAUCGUAUGGGCCUCACUCAAACGACUUUCUCCUCUCCGAAUACGGUUUCAUUCUAGAUACGAAUCGCUGGGACGAGGUCUACCUAGAUGAAGUGAUUCUUCCGAUGCUGAACAAGACACAGCGUGCCGACCUUGAAAGUAUCAACUUUCUUGGAAGAUACACUCUCGAUGACCAGACAUUAGGCUGCCACAGAACUCAGGUCGCUCUGCGAAUGCUAUGCUGUACACAAAGGCAAUGGCAGCGGUUCUUUGAUGCUCAGGACGAGGGGCGUUCGUCGCAGGCUGAGGUUGAUGAAUUACUGUUGACAGCAUUGAAAGACUUUUUGAACAUCAUCGGAAAGACUCUGGGUGACAUAGAUGAGGUAGAGGGCGGCUCAAGUAGCCAGCGGGAACUCUUACGGCGCAGAUGGCAGCAGAUUGAGGCCAUGGUGACCAAGACAAUAGAUACUCUUUCAUGA